AUGAACAGAAAAGGUAUAAUUUUGUUAAUUGAGUGCAAAAGGACAAAUCAAAAAGAUAUUCAAGAAGGUGAACGUCCUGGCGGUAUAGUUUCUAUUAUGAGUCAGUCUCAAUGGUCAAGAAAUUUCGGACAUGGUGAAGCUAAAAUUGCGGAAGCCACAGAAAACUAUUAUGUUCUUACUUGGGACUUAUGUCGAUUAGGUUAUUUUAACAGAAAUAUUAUCAACAAAGACAAUGUUAAGUCAUCCUUCGCUUUCCAAUCAAAAGGCCAUAGUGUAACACUUUAUAUUAUUGAACUCGCAUUUGAUGGUGUAUAUGUUAUGGCUGAAUUGAAUAGUAUCCAAAUUCCUAAAUCUGUAAAUACUUUGAAAACGUUGAUCACGCGUCAUUCUCUUAUGUGUUUAAUGCAAGCAGCUCAUGCUUUCGAUAAAAUCAAAAAAGAGAAGAAUACAUCUCAAGAAUUUUCCAGUAUGAAAAGAAUAGAACCCAGUUUAAAACAGUUAGAAGUGUUGGUUAGCGAAAAGAAAUAUCGAAGAAGAAACUCUUCUAUAUAA